AUAGCAAUAAUUAUUAGAUCAGAGAGAUGAGACACAGAUCUCUUCAAUCUUCCUUUUUGUAUAAUUUUUGUAAAUCUAGACUGUAAAAUACAGAAUUUGUAAUUUCAAAAUCAAGAAUUUGAUUCAGCUGAAAAAGAAGGGGGAAAAAAAAUGGCAACAAAGAAGAUUUCAGCAGCUUCAGCUAGGGCUCAUACUCGUAAAGCUAAGCAAAAAAGUUCUUUUCCUUUUCCUUCUGGGGCGUUUGCGAAAAUUCUUCUGGUUGUUUUGAUUGGGUUAUUAGCGUGGGGUUAUCAGGCAACACGACCACCUCCCCCUAAGACCUGUGGGUCCCCAGAUGGCCCUCCCGUCACUGCACCUAGAAUCAAACUUAGUGAUGGAAGACACUUGGCUUACAAGGAGAUUGGUGUAUCUAGAGAUAAUGCAAAAUAUAAGAUUGUGUAUAUCCAUGGGUACGAUGGUUGUAGGCAUGAUGUUCCAAUUAACAUCCUCUCUCAAGAUGUCAUUGAAAGUUUAGGAGUGUACAUUGUUUCCUUUGACAGACCUGGUUAUGGAGAAAGUGAUCCUAAUCCAAAACGAACAGUCAAGAGUUUAGCUUUUGAUAUACAGGAGCUUGCCGAUCAAUUAGGUCUAGGAUCCAAAUUCUAUGUUAUGGGAUUUUCAAUGGGGGGACAGGCUGUUUGGACCUGCCUCAGAUACAUUCCUCACAGGUUGGCAGGUGCUGCUCUUAUUGCACCAGUUGUCAACUAUUGGUGGCCUAGGUUACCUGUGAAUAUGUCCCAAGAAGCAUUCAACCUUCGACUUCCUCAAGACAAAUGGACUCUUCGUGUUGCUCAUUACCUUCCGUGGCUCACCUAUUGGUGGAACACUCAGAAGUUCUUUCCUUCAUGUAGUGCUGCAGGUCGCAACCCUGCAAUUUUCUCUUCGAAGGACCUAGAGCUAGUUUCCAAGCAAAGUUCGAGCCAAGACUAUCGUGCACAGGUAAGACAACAAGGAGAAUACGAAUCCCUUCACCGCGACUUAAUGAUUGGAUUCGGAACAUGGGAAUUCGAUCCAAUGGAUCUUGAGAGCCCGUUCCCUAAAAAUGAAGGUUCCGUUCACUUAUGGCAAGGCGAUGAGGAUAGGCUCUCGCCCGUCACACUACAAAGGUACAUUGCAGAGCAAUUACCAUGGAUCCAAUAUCAUGAAAUUCCAGGUGCUGGUCAUUUGGUUCCAAUGAUUGAUGGAAUUGGAGAGAAAAUCAUCAAGACUCUUUUAACCGCAUAAACUCACCAUUUUUAUAUCUACGUGCAAGGUUUCAUCUUGCACGUCGUGAUGUGUUUUAAGUUGCCUACAUAUCUCUGGUUUUAUCGAUUUCAUAUUUUGAUGUCAAAGUUUUGACUUUGAGAGAAAUAUUUUGUAUUAGAAAUUCUUUUGUGCUCCUUUUGUAAUCAAGGAUAGUGAUGUUUAAACA